GGAAUCUUUUCGCGGGUGAGGGAACGUUGAAGACGGUCAUCUUGCUUAUCACUGCUAUCUUCUAAUUUUGCUGACGCGUGUCUAGCUACUACGCAGAUGUGCCAGCAGAUCUUUCUUUCUGUCGUCGGGGCUCGUGGUAGACAGUGGCGCGGAGAUGUGGACGAUUGGCUUCGCCCUGCUUGUCGCACUGGUCGUGUCCCUCUGUCACAGCCUCGGUCGCUGGUUGAUCAGAUUCUUCAUCGGUGAUACGCCAUUUAUGGUGGUCAAGGAUCUGAACAUGAUAAACGAAAUAUUCAUCAAGGAGGCAAACAAGUUUUCAGGCCGUGGUCGCAUGUUCCACAUGUACGAGCAAGACCCGCUCUUCGCCAAGUACCUUAUCUUCUCCAAGGGUUCUGUGUGGAAGCGCUCCCGAAACUGCAUGUCGCAGUUCUUUACGUCGUCGAAGCUACGAGCGGUUGAGUCCGGAAAACAAGAGCUCCAUUAACCCGACUGCCUACCAGCCUUUCGGCCUGGGACAGCGCAUAUGCAUCGGUCAGCGUCUGGCGCUUGUUGAGCUGGUUUCAGCUGCCGCGCAAACGUUGCGCCACUAUCGUAUCGUACUGGGCAAAAGUCAAAAGCGUUACCUCGAGAUUGGCACCUACUCUUUUAUGGCCGCACCUACAGAGAAAGUGUUGGUCCGACUGCAAAGAUUGAACAGGGCGAACUGAGUUCCCAAGUGACUCUACUGAGGAAAUUCGUACUUUUGAAUCGCACGAAAUGGCACACGUAAUACAAUAGUUCGUAGCCCAACGUGGUAAGGUACAGUUGAUAAGUCGCUGCUAUUUGCCUGUUAUAAUUAUGCAAUGAAUAAAAUGAAAUUGUGGAACCAUUAUUAUGA